UUUUUCCAUAAGUUUGGAGACAUCCGCAAGAGAUUCACCAAGUUUGCCAACAUGAGGUUCGCUCUGCUUCUCGCUCUGAUCGGCUCUGCCGUUUGCUCCCCAUUAGUCUCUGAUAUUGGCGGGGAAGUAGCCGGUGGAGUAGAGGGAGCUACCGGUUUAGGUGUAAAUGGACUUAAUGGUGUAUAUCCAGCAGGAGUUAGCAACUUAGGAUAUGGCGGCUUAGGCAGCAACGGUGUCUUGGGCAGUACAGGCAUCGAUUCAUACACCAACACUCUUGAAAGAACUGGUUACGUAAACGGAUUAUAUCCCGGUUUAUAUUCCACCGGUGUUAACGCUGCUGAUGUCUCAAGCGGUGUAAACCCCGGUUUAUACUCUAACGGUCUUGGCACUACCGGUAUCGCAAGUGGCUUAAAUUCCGGUUUAUACCCUAACGGCCUUGGCACUACCGGUAUCGCAAAUGGCUUAAAUUCCGGUUUAUACAACUACGGCCUUCGCAGAUCCGUUAGCUCAACCGGUGUAAGCUCCGGUUUCACUAACGGCUAUGAGAGAUCCGGUAUCGCAACCGGUGUAAACUCCGGUUUAUACUCCAACGGCUAUGAGAGAACCAGUGUCUCAAACGGUGUAAACUCCGGUUUAUAUUCCAGCGGCGUUCCGGUAACACCAGUGGUAUAAACACCGGUUUAUACUCAGCAACCUUGGCCAUUAUGAUAAAUCAAUCAAUACAGCUCCUAGUUUAUACAAAAACGGUAUUUCUAACACUGUUUCCGGCAGUAAUUAAAACAAUUUGAGAACCAAAACUUCUAAUGAAACGCAUCAGCAAUUACAAUAGUGAUCACUAUUGUGAUUGAUAUAAUAGUUCUAGCGAUAGAGACUUCAACUGGGUUUCUAACGAGGAAUAAAACGAUAACUCCAAAGAUAAGUAUCCAUUAUAUUCAGCUUAAGUGACGCUAAACUAUUUUAUUGACUUCUAUCAUGUUCAUAAAAGAGUUAAUCCGUCUAUUCAAUAUGGAACGACAGUCUUAGUUUUGUAGAGAACUCGCUUGCGUUGUUUUUCUGUAGAGCCAAUGUAUCACUCAACAUCUGACUUUGUCCAGAUACUCAGUUUAAUGAAGCGGACCAUCCAUGUUACAGCGGAAAUCAUGUUAAAGUACCGAAGUUGUGUUAACUUUAUAAUAAAUUGCAAUGUCUGUGAACUGUAUCCAUUCUCAAAUAUCAUAGUACGUAGUGUCAAACAUAGUACAGCAAAUACUGUUUAUUAUUUGUUUCCUCAAAGUUAAUUUAAUAUAAAUACAGAUAUUUUCUUUUGUUCUUUUUUUUCAAUUUCUGUCAAUAAAUGUUCAUUAUUAA